AUGCCCUUCCUAGGACAUUCGCGACCAGGCUCGGCAGAGAGCGGGGAGCGAUUGGUUCGGUCUGGCGGACAAUGGAACGGAUCACCUGCGGCAAGCUCAUUGUCGCUUGCACAUGGCGGGGAACAAUACACGCAUGACGGCUCGGCCGACAUUCUUGCCCAACUCGAUGCUCAACCGCUGGAAGAAUGGGAGAAGCGUGUAGAGGAGAAGGAGAGCAUCAAGUGGUCUUCUGCACGAGGGUGGAUGAACAUGGGCACGAUAUUCAUCCUGUGCGGAGGAAUCGUAGCCGUCUUUCUUGGGGUGCCUAUCGUCAAAGAAUACAACAAAAAGACGGCUGGUGCCAAUGUCUCGGGAUACAACCUCGGAGGGAUCAACGCUACGGGGCAGUUUGCCAGUAUCGGUCGGGAUUUAAUUGACCCGGACACGCCUUCUGAUGCCUAUACACGGACGGGUUUCGAUGGGAACCAGUGGAACCUCGUGUUCUCCGAUGAAUUUGAGCUGGACGGCAGGACUUUUUUCCCAGGCGACGACCCGUAUUGGGAAGCGGUGGAUCUUCACUACUGGGGUACCAACGAUUAUGAAUGGUAUGAUCCCCGAGCCAUCACGACCCGCGAUGGCAAACUCGUGAUUACGCUAUCGGAAACGGUCAAUCACAACCUCAACUAUACGUCUGGAAUGCUACAAAGCUGGAACAAGCUCUGCUUUUCGGGUUCCAUGUACUACGAAGCAAAGCUGCUACUCCCUGGGAAUAACGAAAUCGGUGGAUUCUGGCCGGGAGUCUGGGCAUUUGGCAAUCUAGGCAGACCAGGCUAUGGCGCAACUACGGAUGGCACCUGGCCCUAUUCUUACGACUCGUGUGACGUCGGGAUAUUGCCGAACCAGACCUAUCUCAACGGUACGGGACCCGACGCGGCACUGCAUAACCCUGCCGAUGGGACCGCAUUAUCGUACCUUCCUGGCAUGCGUUGGCCAUCCUGUACCUGCCCAGGGGAGGACCAUCCCGGUCCGGACGUUUCGAUCGGUAGAGGUGUCCCAGAAGUGGACAUGAUCGAGGCGCAGGUUCUUACCGAUCGGAAGAAAGGAGAAGUCUCGCAAACCCUGCAGAUUGCACCUUAUGACGAAAAUUGGAAGUUUGACAACGCCUCCAGCGAUGUAGCCAACCCAGACUUGACAUACUGGAACACUUACACUGGAGGGGUAUAUCAACAAUCAUGUUCGGGCUUGACCAUUAUCCCCGACGAUGUCUACCAGGAGACUGGCGGGGUUUACACCACUUAUGGAUAUGAGCUCUAUGCCAACAAGGACGACCGAAGUAAUGGGUACAUUACCUGGGUAGCCGACGGCGUUGAGAGCUGGACUCUGCACGCUCCAGGUCUGGCGCCAAACCCUGGGACUGAAGUCGGACAGCGUCUCAUACCAGAAGAACCGAUGGCGCUGGUUCUCAACCUUGGCCUAAGUGACAACUUCCAAUGGGUCGACAAGGAGCAUCUUAAAUUCCCGGCAGAGAUGCAAUUCGAGUACAUUCGUGUCUAUCAACGGGAAGACUAUGGUUCGGUAGGGUGUGAUCCUAAGGACUAUCCGACGGCCGACUACAUCGCACGUCACGCCGAUGCUUAUAACAACCCGAAUCUGACAACUUGGGCGCAGACUGGCUCCACGGUUCCUAAAAACAGGCUCAGAGAUGGAUGUUAA